UUUGUUUCAUUCUCAAGGUUUCAAAGUACAGCUGACUAAAUUAGAAACAGCAAGUCAUUUUGUUAUCACAGAUCAGGCAUAACUUUGCUAGAGUCUUGACUCUUGGUAAUCUUAAUAUCCAUGUUUACUGUUGCUGAAUUCAGGCACUUGAUUAGAUCUUUUAAUUUAAUUGAAUUCACAGUUUACAAUCAGUGAUGGAAUAAACAACCAAGUAUAUUUACAUAGGUAAUGUAGUUUACUUAAGUAUUAAUGAGAUACUUUCAUUUACUACAGUAACUUCAUUUUGGAGGCAAUUAUUGCAGUUUUACUCCACUGUGUGAUAACUUUAGUUACUUUGCAGAUAACAUUACAUAUUUGAUGAAUGUCCCAUAAUAUACUCAUAGUGUAGCCUGUUGUUUAUUUGUACUUUAAAGUACAUUUAUUGCCAGAAAGUUAAUUAAAUAUCAGAAAUGGUUUAAACUUUUACUCAAGUACUAUACGUAUGUGUGACUUUCAAAAUAAGUAUUUUUACAUGAUAUUUUUCCUCUUACUCAAGUAUGAUGACUACUACUUCUGUGUGGAAUUAACUGAACCAUGCCUGUCAGAUCAUAUGAAUGCUAUCAUAUUUUCUUGACUGUUUUGCCUUCCUUCACUCUGUAACUUUGCCACUGCCUUCAAAGCUGCCCCAAAUAUUUGUCCUUGAAGCCUCACCUCCCCCAACUCAAUACAGAGGAACUAAUUUCCUUGCUCAAUGCGUGCUCCUCCAUUCUCAACUCCCCUCACAGAAACAAAGCCUAAACCUACUAACCACCUUCGGCUAAACGACACCACCAGAGCCCUCAGGAGGAGAUGGAGGAAAUCUGAGCGCAAGUGGAAGCAGGAUAAGCUCCAAGUUUCCUCUGACAUCUUGAGAGCUCAGCAGAGCAAAACACUUCUCAUAUUUCAUCUCCAGCUUUGACAUAAGAUCCGUUUUGGUCGGCUUGCUAUAAAUUCUCUUACCUGUCUCCAAGACGCCGUCCAGAUGUGUCAUACUAAUAUGUGAAGAAUUCUCAUCGGACGCAGACCUUGCUUAUUUUCAGGGUUGUAUUUUUAAAGUGGCAUUGUUUUAGCAUUGUCUUGUUAGACAUGUGAGGAGGUUUUUGUUCACAUUAACAUUUGACCCUGUGAACGCAGCUCAGACUGAGACUCACUUGAACCAGUCAGACCUCAUACUUUCAUUAUGAAGUAAGGAGAGACACAUGUAUGCACAGAACAUCCACACACUCACAAACUCACUAAUGUAGGAUAAGACGUGACAUAACUAUGCUUCGUCUUGGCUACAUGUUGAACAGCAGGCUGUUUGUGUAAAUGUGAGGCCGCUGCUAUGAAUGACUGUGGACGCAGAGAGAAGGGAGUCCUCCCCUCUAAAGCCACUCCGUGUAGGGAACAUGACCGUCAGACUAAAGUUCAGAGACCAGUGCAGCGACACACACCGGAAUGUCCUGAACCUGGACCUGGACCAAGCUGUGUGUCCCUGAAGAGUUAUGAGUCCAUGGAACCUCCUAUACUUUUUAGAGAAUCUGAUAACAGAAGAGUCGACCAGGAAUGCUCAGAGUUUCCUGGUGAUCAGUCCAUCCAGCAACAUCAAGCAAACCUGGAGACCAUAUUUGUGCUGCUGGAGCAGAACAUUGUCACUUUUGCGAAGAACGAGCUGAAGAAGAUCCAGAAGGCUCUGUGUUCAGAUUACCCAGAAUGCUUAGACAGUUGGAGGGAGGAUGAGGAGGUGUUGGAUGGUGAGGAUGAAGACCAGAGGAAGAGCAGCAGAGAGGCGUUUCUGAAGAUCACACAACACUUCCUGAGGAGAAUGAUGCAGGCGGAGCUGGCCGAUCGUCUACAGAGCAGACAUCCACUGUGUUUCCAGCGUAAACUUAAAUCUAACCUGAAGAAGAAGUACAAGUGUGUGUUCGAGGGAGUCGCUAAAGCAGGAAACCCAACCCUGCUGAAUCAGAUCUACACUGAGCUCUACAUCACAGAGGGAGGGACAGGAGGGGUCAAUAAUGAACACGAGGUCAGACAGAUUGAAACAGCAUUCAGUAAACCAGGCAGACCAGAAACAACAAUCAGACACGAAGAUAUCUUUAAACCCUUGCCUGGAAGAGAAGGAUCGGUCAGAACCGUGAUGACAAAGGGAGUGGCUGGCAUUGGGAAAACAGUCUUGACACAGAAAUUCACUCUGGACUGGGCUGAGGACAAAGCCAACCAGGACAUACAGUUCACAUUUCCGUUCACUUUCAGAGAGUUGAAUGUGCUGAAGGAGAAAAAGUGCAGCUUGGUGGAACUUGUUCACCACUUCUUUCGUGAAACACAAGAAGCGGGACUUUUCAGGAUUGAAGAUUUCCAGGUUGUGUUCAUCCUUGAUGGUCUGGAUGAGUGUCGACUUCCUUUGGACUUCCACAACAAUGAGAUCCUGACUGAUGUUUCAGAGUCCUCCUCAGUGGAUGUUCUGCUGACGAACCUCAUCAGGGGUAAACUGCUUCCUUCAGCUCACAUCUGGAUAACCACACGACCUGCAGCAGCCAAUCAGAUCCCUCCUGAUUGUGUUGAUAUGGUGACCGAAGUCAGAGGGUUCACUGACCCACAGAAAGAGGAGUACUUCAGAAGGAGAUUCAGAGACAAGAAACAGGCCAGCAGAAUAGUCUCCCACAUCAAGAAAUCACGAAGCCUCCACAUCAUGUGCCACAUCCCGGUCUUCUGCUGGAUCACUGCUACAGUUCUGGAGGGUGUGUUGAAAUCCAGACAGGAAGAACAGCUGCCCAAGACCCUGACUGAGAUGUACAUCCAUUUCCUGGUGGUUCAGUCCAAACGGAAGAGUGUGAAGUAUGACGGCGGAGCUGAGACGGAUCCAUUCUGGAAUCCAGAGAGCAGGAAGACAAUUGAGUUUCUUGGAGAACUGGCUUUUGAGGAGCUGCAGAAAGGCAACCUGAUCUUCUAUGAAUCAGACCUGUCAGAGUGUGGCAUCGACAUCCGAGCGGCCUCACUUUACUCAGGUGUGAUCACGCAGAUCUUUAAAGAAGAGAGAGGGCUGUACCAGGACAAGGUGUUCUGCUUCAUCCAUCUGAGCGUCCAGGAGUUUCUUGCUGCUCUUCACGUCCAUCGGACAUUCAUCAACUGUGGUGUCAACCUGAUGUCAGAAAAACAAACAACCUCAAGAAAAGAAGAUUCUGCAGCAGCAUUGUUCUAUGAGAGUGCUGUUGACAAGGCCUUAGGGAGUCCAAAUGGACACCUGGACUUGUUCCUCCGAUUCCUUCUGGGACUUUCAUUGCAGGCCAAUCAGUCUCUCCUCCAAGGCCUGCUGACACAAGUAGAACAUGGCUCACAGACCAUUCAGGAAACAGUCAAGUACAUCAAGAAAAAGAUCAACAAGGAUCUACCACCAGAGAAAAGCAUCAAUCUGUUCCACUGUCUGAAUGAACUUAACGAUUGUUCUCUUGUGGAGGAGAUCCAACAGUACCUUAAAUCAGGAAGUCUCUCCACACAUGAACUCUCUCCCGCUGAAUGGUCAGCUCUUGUAUUCAUCUUACUGUCAUCAGAAAACGAUCUGGCCGUGUUUGACCUGAAGAAAUACUCAGCGUCAGAGAAGGCUCUUCUGAAGCUGAUGCCAGUGGUCAAAGCUUCCAGCACAGCGCUACUGAUUGACUGUAACCUCUCAGAGAGAAGCUGUGCAGCCCUGUCCUCAGUUAUCGGCUGCCAGUCCUCGAGUCUGAUAGAACUGGACCUGAGUAACAACGACCUGCAGGAUCCAGCUGUGAAGCUGCUGUCUGCUGGACUGGGGAGUCCACACUGUACACUGGAAACUCUCAGGUUGUCGGGCUGUUUGAUCACAGAGGAAGGAUGUACUUCUCUGGUCUCGGCUCUUACCUCCAACCCCUCCCAUCUGAGCGAACUGGACCUGAGCUACAAUCAUCCAGGAGACGCAGGAGUAAAGCUGUUGUUGGCUGGACUCGAGGAUCCACGCUGGAGUCUCGACACUCUCAGUGUGGAGCCUCGUGGAGUCCGAUGGUUGAGACCAGGUCUGCGGAAGUAUUCCUGCGAACUAACACUCGACACAAACACAGUAAACAAUCGGAUCAGACUGUCCGACGACAGCAGGAAGAUGACACACGUGGACGAGGAUCAGUCGUAUCCUGAUCAUCCAGACAGAUUUGACCACUGGCCUCAGCUGCUGUGUGAAAACAGUCUGACUGGUCGCUGUUACUGGGAGGUCGAGUGGAGCGGAAAGGUUGAUAUAUCAGUCAGUUACAGAGGAAGUAGAAGGAGAGGAGAUAGUGACGACUGUGUGUUUGGAAGGAAUAAUCAGUCCUGGAGUCUGACCUGCUGGGAUGUCCGUUAUUACGUCUGGCACAAUAACAAAGGAACGUCCAUCCCCCCGUCCUCCACCUCUGUCUCGAACAGAGUAGCAGUGUAUGUGGACUAUCCAGCUGGCAUUUUGUCCUUCUACCGGAUCUCAGCUGACACUCUGAUCCACCUCCACACUGUCAACACCACCUUCACUGAACCUCUUUAUCCUGGGUUCAGGUUCUCGGCAGACAAGUCCGGUUCCUCGGUGUCUCUGUGUUCUCUGUAGCAGUUCAGUUUGUACACGAUCACACACAGUAGAUGUUGGUGAGAACCCCACUGAUGGAGGUGGAAGAGGCGGUUGAGUGAGCUGCACAAUGAUUGGCUGAAGUAAGAGGAGAGCAAAGGAUGCUGGGAUGAAAGUAUCUGUGCUUAAGGGUAAUGUGUAGGGUUGGGAAUGUAUAUACAUGCAUACAUAUGUAUACUUGACGAUUCAAUUCUGACUAUAAAACAAUGAGCAAUAAAUCCUGAUGCGUGAAUUUUUUUGAUUCACUUAUUAUUCAUAUCUGUAUUUAAUUUCAUCUCCUUCUUCAGAAAUGAUGUUAGUUAUUUUAUUGAACUGAAGAUUUCUGACCUUUUUAGUUAUGACAACACAUUUAUUAUGUUGACUCCUGUUGUUGUCUUUUUUUACUGAUUAUUCCUCUGCUAAUGCUAAUAACUUCUUCAUAAUGAACUUGAUUUUUUUUGUAUGCUGAACUGUAUUACUAAAUGGGAUAAAUAAAACACACCAGUUUAUAUUGGAUUUUACUGCUUCUUCUAUUUUGUAUUAAUAUUUAGUAUGAAAACUUCAGCACUUCUUUUCAAUAGCUUACAUGUGACCCAGUGAAGCAAAACCAAUGUAAAAUUGUGUUACUACCCAGGUCACAUAGAAUUCAUCUCUUUGUAUUGGAUUUUAUGGCUUCUUCUGUUUUAUAUCAAUAUUUGUAUCAAGAUUCAGGAGCUAUUUUUCAAUAGCUUCCAUGCCAUGUGACCAGAUGUCUCCAAACUGAUGCCGAAUUGUAUUACUGCACAGGUCACAUAGGACACACAUCUUUUAAUUGGAUUUUGCUGCUUUUUUUUUAUUAUUAUUAUUUUAUAUGAAUAUUUAUUUUGAAAAUCCAGCAUUUCUGUUCAAUAGCUUCCAAAUCAUGUGACCCAGUGGCUGCAAACUGAUGCCGAAUUUUAUUACUAAAUGGGAGAAAUGAGACGCAAUUAUUUGU